AUGUUCACAUUUCGAACAAUUUAUAAAUUUGCAAGCUAAACAGUUGAUACAGAGGCACUAUUAAAGAAACUAUAGACAAAGUCUUUAAUCACCUUAACAAGAGACAAUUAUUAAUUGAAUAUGGGUUUAUUGAUCUAAAGAGAUAUAAUAUUUCUUCAUUAUACAGAUGAGGAAAUGAAACUCAGAAAAUUCAGAUACUAAUUAGGUAAGAUUUAAGGCAUAAAUUGUUAAUAGAAAAAAGAAAUAAUUAUAUUGCAAAAUUGCCAAAGGAAUUGCAUGAAUAUACUCAUUUUACUGGAGAUUAAAAUGUUUUUGGAGACGAUACUCCAACUCAUGUAAGAUUGGUUGGGGAUGUCCGUACAGUAUUUUUGGAAAAUAGUAAAUUCUUUAAGCAUUGUGGUAUAUAGACAAUUUAAUUCUUAGAUCCAAAUGAAAAGAAUAAUAAGUUGAUUUAAUACAAUUCUUUACAUACUGUUUACUUAAUGGUAAAAUAAAAUGGAAUCUGGGGAUUCCCAAAUAUUAAUAUUGAAGAUAAAGAAACUUUCUAAGAAACACAAACAAAAUUAUUCGAAAAAAUGACAUAAAAUACUUGGCAAGUAUAAUUACUUUAUCAUUUAGGUAUAUUUUUUCAAUAGGGAUCCAAGAUUGGUAACUAUUGAUCCUAAUUCUGAUGAAAAUUCAAAAAUCAAAGGAAUUAAAACAAUCUAUUUUUAGGCAAAGCAUUAAUAAGGAAAAGUUUAGAUUUUUGGUUAUGAUGAUUGGGCUUGGGUUUCCAGGUUAGAAAUGAAUAAAUACCUAACUGAAAAAGCAUAUAACCAAGUUAUCCAUGCUUUAGAUUUGUGAG